AUGUCCGCCCAACUCUUGGACGAUGCCAUCAGCGAAGUCAACUCGCAAAACUUCACUCUUCGGCCUCUUUGCAGUGCGAACUGCUCUCGCAUCGACCCAGAGCAGCCUUUAUCCAUCAAGGACUUUCUUGACGGAGCGUGUCGCCCGUUGAAUGGCAUCAAGAGUGUAGCGGUUGUCUUCGACGUUCACCUCGGCAUGCUUGAGUGUGGCAGCUCUCUCAGUCUUGGAGAUCUAGUGGCUCAGAAGAAGUUCUCAGAUCUGCCAGAAGAAUUGCGAUUCAUGGGCCCGUUGCCAGCUGAGACCAAUGUGGAUAUUGUUGUCUGCAACCUUGGGGAUGGCCUGGUUGACGUCAUGAAGGUUCUGUACUUCAAGCAAUCAGUCUCCAGGCAAGUGGCUGAGGGCUUGUGCAAAGGUCGGAGCUUUGCGCCUCAGUUUCGGCAAGGACCCUGGGCUGUAAAGAAAGGCAUUCAGUGGCUCAUGAACCAGAUCCCUGGCUUUCACGUCCGUUGGCACUCACUUGAUCCACCCAGGCCGUCCUUGAAAAGGUCGCAGACACAAAGCUCUUGGAACCCAGAAAAUGACGAGCUGUCUGCCGGCAUUGCCUUCAUCAACAAGCAAGCUCCAGUUUGUGACGCAGCCAAUGAACAAACAUUCUGGAUCCUCUGCAACAUCAAGGAAGACUCGGGGACCCCAAUCGCUGGGUGGCCCGAAACCAAGGUCCGCUUCAUGGCGCAGAACAAAAGUCGGGGAUUGGGCGGCGCUCUUCCGAAGACGGAGUUCCCUCUCACAACAUAUAGCCUCCACGCCGCCAUGUCCACCAACAUUCUUCCUUACCUCUACCCACUUCUCAUGACGACAGCCGUCAUGUUCCUGGGCUGUGCUGGUGUCGGCAAGACACCAGCUUUGAUCGCGAUGGCCAUGGCAAUGGGUCGCUUCCACAUAAGGCGUCUUGGCCUGCAGGGCCUGCAGGGGCUUCAACCUGGUUGGAGACGUGCGAAGUCAUUUGACAACUUUCGGCAUAGAGCCCCACAAAUCCAGGAAGCCCUGUUCUUGGAUGAUCCGUCUCGAGGCAAGAUUGAUAUGGCUGAUUUGAAGAGCUUCGUCACGGUGGACGAGGACGGCACCGUCGAUAGUCGUUACAACGACACUCGCCUCACCAUGAACCAAAUGCGAGCCCUUGCCUCCAACAACACGAGUACAGAUCCGGCGUUGCAGACUCCGGACGCCACCCUCCUCCCUCCGAAGGACUUCAUGAAGCUUGUGGAACCUCUCUUCCGGGGCGACGCUGAGAAGGACAUUAUGGCGGUAUUGAAGCGUUCAACGACCUUCGUCUUCACAGAAACAGCUCUGUUCCUCCGCUUACCGAGUGAGAAGCCCGACGCCAUAGUGCACCGCAUUGUGGCCGACGACCUCCACUUGGACCUUCUCGCCCCUCGCGACAAACCAUUCUAUGGCAAGUACAAGAGCGGAGUGAUCGCCCUUGGAGACUCCUUUGCUGACGAUGUUCGUCGUGAACAAGAAAUGAUUGACUCCUCUGUGGCAGAGACCCAACACUUCCCCUCGAGGGACGACUAUGUGAACCAUGCCAACCAUGCCAUCCAGAAAUGGUUAACGCCAGAGCCCAAAGUCAGAGUGAUUCCUUCUUCGCCUGGGUCUUCCAAUGAGGCUGACACAUCUCGUUCCGCCUUUGGCCUCGCGCCCGUCUUCCCGGUCGUUGGAACUGGUCCCAAGCCAGGUCGCCUGAACAGCUCUUCCUCUUUCGUCUACAACGAUGACAAGCGCCGCCGACUCCGAUGCAAGACUUCCGUGGCGGAGGCAGGCGAAAACCAGACCAAGAACCCAGACGAAGAAGACACUCUCGUUGCGAACGGGGGGGAUUCGGAGUCUGCGAAUAACCAGGAGCAGAACAUCCUCAGUUCUCCGGGCGAGGCUAUGGACUUGGAUCAGGGUAGCGAUAGCGCCGAGGAGGAGGCGGCCCAGCAUCUCCAUGGGUGA